GAGUAGAAAUUUCGUAUGUAUUCGCAAGUGACAGAAAGAAACCUGCUUUAAUUUGGAGAUCAGAAAGUAGUGAGCAGAUAUACGAACUCUCAUACCGUUCGUAAUUCUAAAUGUUUUGACUUGUCGUAAUGCCUGGAUUUUGUCACAAUUAAAUACUUGUAAUUUCCAUCGACCUUGUUAUCAUUCCUUGGGUGAACAUGAGCGCUAAAAAUUCCAAGCGAUAUCCCAGGAAACCCAGCUCUACGCCACGAUAUUUUGAUCGAUCCAACUCCGCCGGUGCCACUGCCCAGCGCGUAGUCAAAAACAUUACCGACGAUGCCAAUAUUUUGGACGGAAAAACCGAUUUUAUUCCUCUGAAUUUUCCUGAUGAUGAUACGGAAGAAAUUAAAAACCGGAGAGAGAAAAAUGCCUCAAAGCCCGGUCAGAAACCUCGCGGUCCUUCCAACAAUCUCGCGCGGUUUCCCGUGACUGGCGCUCAUCCUGGCGGCCCGAAGCGUAACCGAAACAGAUCCAGAAUGAAAAAAGAAUGAUACCUCGGUGAAGAAGUCCGCAGCAAGCAACAGAAAGCAAAGGAUACCCGAAGAAGUUACGCUAGAUGUUUCUGAGGAUGCUCCGGAUCCAAAAAAAGAUGUAUUUGCCGGCGAUGCGCCGGUCGAUCCGAAACUGUUGAAGAAGUACGAUCGCGGGAAAGGUAUCGAUGUCGGACGCUUGAGUACACCGUUUCAUCAGGAUUUGAUGAAAAAGAAAGAGGAAAAGAUUUAUUUCAGCAAGCAACAAGCAGCACGAACGCACCUGCUUCGCACGGAAACCGCGGGAUUCUUAGAGGCCGAAGGUCCGCUGGAAGACACCGCGCGCGUAACCCAAAAGGAACUGUCGCAGUCUGUAGAUCUGCAGAGUCAGUCCAAACACUUUGAGUUGCGCUUGAAAGAGUUCGGCCCCUAUGGAUUUCAGUACACACGCAAUGGUCGAUUUCUCAUGUUGUACGGAAAACAGGGACACGUUGCCACCAUGGAUUGGUUGACAAAAACGUUGGCCUGUGAAAUGCAUGUCCAGGAGCGGAUUAAUUGUGGUCAGUGGCUCCAUCAGGAAACCAUGUUCGCCUUGGCACAGAAACACUGGCUGCACAUUUACGAUAAUAAAGGGAUUGAAUUGCAUUGUAUCAAGAAGUUGUUCCAAGUUAAUUGUAUGGAUUUUCUGCCUUACCAUUUCCUGCUAGCAACAGGAAGCGAACGGGGAUUUUUGUCCUGGUUGGACAUCUCAUUGGGCCAGAUGGUAGCUCAAUUUCCCACCAAAUUAGGCCGCCUCUCCACGUUGCGCAAAAAUCCCGCGACGGCCAUUGUUCAUUUGGGUCACGCCAAUGGUACCGUUAGCCUCUGGUCUCCUAAUGUCUCGGAGCCUUUGGUGAAGUUCCUCUCCCACGAGAGCGCAGUUCGCGCCUUAGAUAUUGACUCCAGCGGGCGCUUCAUGGCGACGGCGGGGUGCGAUCGCAAGAUGAAGAUCUGGGAUUUGCGGAUGUACAGGCCAUUACACGAGAUCAGUGUUUUUCAAGCACCGGUAUCGCUCGCCUUCUCUCAGACGGGAUUGCUGGCGGUGGGAAUGGAGAGGAGCGUGGAGGUACUGAAGUUCGUUGGAGAUGAAGACAAAGUGGAGACCUAUAUGAAGCAUUUUGUCAAGAAUGGGCUGUCGCAUGUGGAAUUCUGCCCGUUUGAGGAUGUUUUGGGAUGUGGAUACAGCGAAGGAUUCACGAGUCUCUUAAUACCGGGUGCCGGUGAAGCUCACCUGGACGCACUGGAAGCCAAUCCCUUCCAAACGAAACGCCAGCGACAAGAAAUGGAAGUCCAUUCAUUGCUGGAGAAAAUCCCAGCGGAAUUAAUCGCAUUGGAUCCGUCACAGAUUGCACACGUCCAUGAGCCGUCAUUACAAGAACACUUAGAGGAAAAGAGUCGGGUUUUAUACGCCCGGAUGCCCAAAGUGGAGUUUACACCCAAAUUCAAAGCCAUUGGCGGCUCGGCGGGUUGGACCAAGCGGAAGACAACGGUGAAAGAGGAGAAGAAACGUCAGCAGAUCAAAGAAGCGAUCCAGGCCCGAAAGCGACUGCUGGAUGUGGAGCAGGAGGAAGAAAGCGAGGAAGAGGUACCAAGAAGAACGGAAAGCGUUUUUGACCGGUUUAAGAAGAAAAAUGUUUAAUGAGUUUUGAGUGAAACAGCGUUUGUGGAAACUGCAGCGCUGGUAACCAUUUUGCUAAGUUUAAUGCGAAUUACCAGCGUAUUUUUGCAUAAAAAGUUCUACGUACGCGCGAAUGCAACGAUUGCGAUCUUCAGUCGCGAAUGGAAGAAUUAAAAAUGAAUACUAAGGAAUAAUAAUUCGCUUCGGGGCA